GAACCAUUGUGCCUAAGGACCAAUGUCAACAGUGUGUGUGUGGUCCCAACAUGGAUGCCGUUAGCCACCUCCAUGUUGUGGAUUGUGUACCUGUGACCUGUGAAACCAACUGUCAAGCGGGCUACAAGUACCAGCCUGUCGCUGGGCAGUGUUGUGGGAAAUGUGUUCAGGCGGGAUGUUUGGUCGCCGUAUCAGAGAACGCUACGCACGUUGUUCAGCCUGGCACCAUAUGGAACCCCCCUAGGCAGCCCUGUAUCAACUACGAGUGUAUGAUCAUUGGAAAGCAGUUCAUUACAAUUGAAGCCAAGACCAUGUGCCCAUACUUCAACCCAGAGGACUGCAUCCCUGGAACGGAGGUCAUUGCCCCGGAUGGUUGCUGUCAUGUCUGUGAGUGUCUGGCAGCAGUUUUCAGCUUGUUUUUAGAAUUUUUAUUACAUAUUGUUUGA